AUGGUAAUGUUCAUAUUUUAUCAGAUGGUCAAAGGUUCUUUUUUAUUUACGCUUCUAAUCGUGGGAAUAUUUCCUCUUUUGAAUUCAAAAGAAAUCCGGAUACACAAAGGCAUUAAAUCAAGAGAUGACGUUGAGGGAAGAGAAUCCAAAACCAAAUCCCAUUGGGUAAAAGAUCGUCAUGGAAAGCAAAAAGAGGAUUUUCCAUGGGAAAAAUUCAAUAUUCCACCCGAGCAGUGUUUGGAUAGAGAUAACAAGAAUUGUCGUGAGCUCGCUGAAAAUGGAGAAUGUACAAAGAAAUUGGACGAUGCACUUGCCAACUGUCCAUGGAGUUGCAGAUUCUGCAAACGCCCUCCAAUAUACGACCCGCAGUAUUGCACAGAUCUCGCAGGUUCAAACUGCAAAUAUUGGAAAGGAAAAGGUGAUUGUAUCCGUCUACCCGACUUCAUGUUGCAAAACUGCAUGGAAACAUGUGAGCUAUGCGGACCAGAAACURAAAUGAUGGACCAAGAUGUUCGCUGUCCAGUUUGGGCUAAAGAGGGUUAUUGUGCAACCACUCAAGAAAUACAUGAAAUCUGYUUGCACAGCUGCAACAAAUACAGAAAWGUUGCACCUGCUCCAAACCCAUACCCUUAUCCAAUCAUUGCCCUUAGCCCUUAUAUGCCGACACCAUUACCAGUAACUUCACCGCCACCAAAAACAACUGCUCAGCCAUCAACAACAACUGCUCAGCCACCCAAAACAACGUCUCAGCAACCAAAAACAACUGCUAAACCAGACCAAACUACCACUGAGAAACCAGAWMAAACUACCACUGGUAGACCAGAACAAACUACCACUGGUAGACCAGAACAAACUACCACCACUGGUAGACCAGAACAAACUACCACUGAGAAACCAGAUAAAACUACCACUGGUAGACCAGAACAAACUACCACUGAGAAACCAGACCAAACUACCACUGGUAGACCAGAACAAACUACCACUGGUAGACCAGAACAAACUACUACCAGUGGAAACUAACCACUGAAAAGCCAACGAAAACAACUCAACCAGACACUGAAACAACUCAGUGCAAUGUCAACACCACAAGAAACCUUCCAAUUUCAGCAGCAAGACCUAAAGCAAAUGUAUUUGCCAAUAUUUUCCCAAAAUUGAAAAUUAACAGUAUUGAUAUAUAAAUUCAUGCUUGGCAUAAAAUAAUGAAAAUCGGAACUAUAGCUAACUAAGAACGAAUUGUAUAUUAUACUUAAUUUAAGCCAUUAAAAUGUA